AUGCCUUCCUCUCCGCAGCCUCGCAGUCUGGUGAGGUUUGCCGUGUUUUUUCUGCCGUUCGUGGGACUGGAGCGUGGAUCGGGGGCCCACGCUGGAACGUGCCCCCCUCCCUGCGUGUGUUUUGGGGAACUUGUGGACUGCGGUCGGGUGAAAAGGGGCCGAAUUCCAGACACGAUCCCGGAGUGGACAGUUCAGCUGGACUUGAGCCAUAACAAAUUGCAAGUGCUCGACGGGAAUUUGUUUUCUAGACUGCCGCAUUUAAAGGAACUAAAGCUGAAUCACAACAAACUGGAGGUAAUACCAGAUCUGGGUCCUUAUGCUUCAAACAUCACAACCCUCAUUCUAGCAAACAACAGGAUCAGUGGGAUCUCGGAGGAGCAGCUCGGACCCUUCGCCUCCCUGGAAACGCUCGACCUCAGCAGCAACAAAAUAGUGGAAAUAAAGACCAGCUCCUUCCCGGCUCUGCCUCUGAUGAACUUGUUCCUCUGCAACAAUCGCAUCUCGUCUCUGGAGUCGGGCUGGUCUACCAACCUGGCCAGCACUCUGCAGGUUCUUGAGCUCAGCCACAACCGGAUCUCCAACAUCCCAGCCAGGUCCUUCCAGCUGCCCAACCUCCAGCAUCUGGAUUUGAGCAGAAACCAGAUUCGCCGGGUGGAGGGCUUGACUUUCCAAGACCUGCCCACCCUCCGCUCGCUGAAGCUGCAGAAGAACCGCCUCUCUGGGCUGAUGGACGGGGCCUUCUUUGGCCUCGGCAACAUGGAAGUCCUGCAGCUGGGCUUUAACAACCUGACGGAGGUGAGCAAAGGCUGGCUGUACGGCCUGGGGGCUCUGCAGCAGCUCCACCUCGAACACAACACCAUCAGCAGGAUCCAGCCUGAAACCUGGAAGUGUUGCCAGAAGCUCAGCAAGCUCAACUUGUCCUCGAAUCACCUGUCCAGGCUGGAGGAGUCCAGCUUCGACGGCCUCAGCCUGCUGGACGAGCUCCAUGUGGGAAACAACCGCGUGAGCUUCAUCGCGGGCGGAGCGUUCCGCGGCCUCUCCAACCUGCAGAUGCUGGAUCUCCAGAAUAAUGAAAUCUCCUGGACUAUUGAAGACAUGAAUGGGCCGUUUUCUGCUCUUGAAAGGAUGAAAACGCUGUUCCUGCAGGGGAACCAGAUUCGCUCGGUGACCAAAAAAUCCUUCUCAGGCCUGGACGAGCUGCAGCACCUAGAUCUGAACAAUAACGGCAUCAUGUCCAUCCAAGCUAACGCCUUCUCCCAGAUGAAAAACCUUCAGGAGCUGUGUCUGAAUACCUCCAGUCUCCUGUGUGACUGCCAGCUGAAGUGGCUUCCCAUCUGGGUGGAAGAGCAAAGCUUCCUGCCCUGCGUCAAUGCCAGCUGCGCCCACCCGCAGAUGCUGAAGGGCAGGAGUGUGUUCUUGGUACGCCAGGAGGAGUUUGUGUGUGAUGACUUUCCAAAGCCCAAGAUAACGGUGCAGCCAGAGACCCAGUCAGCCCUCAAAGGAACCAACGUGACAUUCGUCUGCUCUGCCGCGAGCUCCAGCGACUCCCCCAUGACCUUUGCCUGGAAGAAAGACAAUGAAGUCCUGAACGAUGCCGAGAUCCACAACCAGGCCCACCUAAGGGUGCAGGGCGAUGCGGGAAGUGAGACGGAAGUCACAGAGUACACCACCACAUUGCAGCUGCGGAACGUGGAGUUCUCCAACGAGGGGAAGUACCAGUGUGUCAUCUCCAACCACUUUGGGUCGUCAUAUUCCUCUAAGGCCCGGCUCACGGUGAACAUACUUCCUUCUUUCACCAAAACGCCAAUGGACUUGACGAUCCGGGCAGGAGCAAUGGCUAGGCUGGAAUGCGCGGCCACCGGUCACCCAUCCCCUCAGAUCGCCUGGCAGAAAGACGGGGGCACCGACUUUCCUGCCGCUCGCGAGCGUCGCAUGCACGUCAUGCCCGAGGAUGACGUCUUCUUCAUUGCGGGUGUCAAGACGGAGGACAUUGGUGUCUACAGCUGCACGGCUCAGAACACAGCUGGAGUUAUUUCAGCAAAUGCAACUCUAACUGUUCUUGAAACGCCCUAUUUCCUGCGCCCUCUCACGGAUCGGACUGUGGCCAAGGGCGAGACAGCCGUCCUCCAGUGCAUCGCCGGUGGAAGCCCUCCUCCUAGACUGAACUGGACCAAAGACGACAGUCCCCUAGUGGUCACCGAGCGCCACUUCUUUGCCGCUGCCAACCAGCUCCUCAUUAUUGUUGAUGCUGCUGAGGUGGAUGCGGGAAAGUAUACUUGCGAGAUGUCGAACGCUCUGGGCACGGAGAGGGGGAACGUACGCCUGGCCGUCCUGCCGAACCCCAACUGUGACUCUGGAGUGCAGAGUGGCGCCGGGAAUGUCAUGGGGAGCGGAUCAGGGGCAGAUGAUGAUGGCUGGACCACAGUGGGGAUUGUCAUCAUCGCGGUGGUUUGCUGCGUAGUUGGAACUUCCUUGGUCUGGGUGGUCAUCAUCUACCACACCCGCCGGCGGAACGAGGACUGUAGCGUCACCAAUACAGAUGAGACCAAUCUACCUGCGGAUAUUCCCAGCUACCUCUCCUCCCAGGGAACACUAGCGGACCGACAGGAUGCCUACAUCCCGUCUGAAAGCGGUAGCAGCCAUCAGUACAUAGCAUCAUCCUACAGUGGUUUCUACCUGCAGACCAAAGACGUGAACGGUCUUUGUCAGCUGGAUACAGGAAGUGAAGCUGAUAUGGAAGCAGCCAUCGAUCCUUUGCUUUGCCACUACCAAGGUCCGAUUGGCUCGCUGCUUUGUCGCGAUAACAUAUAUCCCAGUGACCCAUCCGAAGUCUUCACAGGUUUUUCAAUUGACCAAAAGCCGGUUGGCAUGGAGUCCUACAGCGGCAGCCUGACCAAACCCAAAACAAUGGACAUUUUGCUAUCGGAGCAUUUUGACGUGUGCCCGCCCUCUCUAGUGAUGCAGCUUCCAAACACCAGCCUACAUCAAGACCCUGCGCCUCAGCAGAGGGACCGGCAGACAACGGCGGAUGAGGAAGAUGCUUUCGACUGUGGAAAACCUCAUAAAUGUGUCUCUCCCUGCAACACUUUCAUGGGUACGUUUGGGAAAGCUCCUUGGACUCCCCAUAAGGACCUAUACAUCCCGCCGUCAGUCACGUAUCAUGGGAUAACUCUUCACGAGAAUCCUUACACUGCUUUGGACGUUGACUCGGACCUCGAGCAGAGCAUCAAGGACUCAUUGGAGCAGAGCGGCCGUGUGUAUGAGCAGCCAUUUGACGGCCGUAGAACUGAUGCCAUCUCACAACGUAGGAUGAGCUCCUAGCUGAUCCAACUUCCGAUUUUUCAUGAGAACAACCAAAAGGAAUAGAAAAACACGAACAUUUCUACCUCACUGAAUGGACACUUUGGCAAUAAAGGAUGUCUGUAAUGUGGAACAAGUGAAUGUAAAGGACAGCCUCACGCAAAAUAGCACCGGUUAUUUUGCUGAAAAAAACAAGAUUCUGUUAAAUAACGUAGAUGAAUAUAUACAUUUUUAUAUAAAGUUUAUUAUAUUUUGUAAAUUGUUUAUAAACAGAUUUGAUUAUUUUUGCCUACUUUUUUUGUACAAAUACUUUGCAGCCGUGGCUUUCCUUUUAUGUCCGCUUUGAAUAAAGCAGUGUUUUGCACAUGUGUAAACAAUAAAACACGUCCUGCUA